AUGGCUGAUAGACCGCCACACAAACGAUCCAGAAGCGCUCGCGUCAUCGACUUGUUGCGUAGCGACAACUUGCCACGAGAUAGUGGCUCAGAGACAGAUUCCCCGGUCAACACCUCAACUUCACCGACUGGACCUUUUGCACCCAGUUCUCUGGGCCCUCUUACACCGACCGACGGGCCCCGACUAAGUCCCCUCUCUCCAACUACUACUCGCGCCUCUCAAAAGAAUAUGGAUACUCUAGAGUCUCCAACAGGUCCACCGGAGGCUUCUCUCAAGGUCCCGUCCGGCCUUGCUACGACCAAUGGAGCAUCCAUCGAAGACUCGGUUCGAACGUUUCGCGUCUUCGAAAUCCUCAGAAAUAAAGACAGCGCGGCCAUCUCAAAGGCCAUCUCCGAAUCAAUACCUUCCUCUUCGAAUCCCCAGCCGAUUCCCGGAACGACGAUCCUUCAUCUGGCUGUACAAUGUGCGGAACCGAACAUAGUGGACCAGGUGAUAAGAGAAGGGAAGGGUUUAGAUUAUAAUGCUCAAGACAAAGAGGGAAAUACUGCUUUACAUCUUGCCGCCCAACUAGGCAGAGCGCCAGUCGUUAGAAGCCUCCUGGAGCUUCCGGACAUCAACGACUCUAUCGCCAACAGGCAGGGCAAAUUGGCCAUCGACUUGGCCCGAACUCCGGAGAUUUUCCAACUGUUGCAGUUAGCUAGGUCGAUCUUCCUGGACGACAAGAUCAGAGCCGUCCAGACUGCGCUGUCUCAGGGCGCAUAUAAGCAGAUUGAAGCCAUUUUAACAGAGCCUAGAGUCGAAGGCACUUUGGAUGUCAAUGCUUUGGAACUUGUCACCGAGCCGAUAACAGUGCAGACUGGAGGCACCCUGCUUCACGAAGCUGCCCGCAAGAGAGAUCUACAACUAGCCCAGCUCCUUCUAUUACACGGCGCUGAUCCUUUCAGGAGGGAUCGAAAGGGCAAAUUGCCCCAAGAUGUAACCAAGGAUGAUCGUACGAGAGCGAUACUAAAAAAGUCACCCGCGGCAGCCGCAGCUCAGCGAGGCAUACAGGAGAAGGCCAUUCUGGGCAACCACCCGAACCAGGCCAGGGUGGGAACAAGCGAUGCCAGUAAAGAUGCCCGGGAAAUGAAGGGCUACCUGAAGAAAUGGACAAACUAUACCAGUGGGUACAAGUUACGUUGGUUCGUCCUCGAAGAAGGCGUUCUUAGCUAUUACAAACACCAAGACGAUGCGGGCUCUGCCUGCCGCGGAGCCAUCAACAUGCGUAUUGCGACUUUACACAUGGACGCGCAAGAUAAGACGAGGUUCGAAAUCCACGGCAAGUCGUCUGUCAAGUACCACUUAAAGGCCAAUCAUGUUGUCGAAGCAAAACGAUGGUUCUGGGCUCUGAAUAACGCAAUUCAACACACCAAAGAUGAGGCUAAGGAUGAAGAGAAGCGGCGGACACUUGAUGUCGACAGUAUCCGACAUACGAGAGGUGAAUCAUCUUCGGAUAUGCUUUCGGUCACUCCUAGUAGAGCGAAACAGCCGAUUGCUGCGAACCUAAGUGCCCCUGGAGGUUCCUCAAAAGUGAGCUUUAGGUCUGAUGUUGAAGGCGGCUCAAUGUAUGACUCCUAUGAUGCUAGCAUCAUCGGAGACGAAUUGCAGCGCUUGCCAACAAACGCCCACACAGCCACCAUUGAUGCAGAAGAAGAUGGAGAUGGAGAUGACGCUAGCAGUCAUGAAGUCCGUCAACCAGGCAGCAAGGAUGCUUUCAACAUCACUGCGCAGUCAGCUAAACUGCAACUUGAUCUUCUUGCACGAGUUUCAGAUGCACUUGUCAGACAAAAGCAAUCUCAGCCGGAUACCACACUGGCUGACGUGGAAGUUUCACAGGCACUCUCUGCCUACCAAGAAGCUGUCUGUAGUUUGCAUAGCUUAGUGGCUGACUUGUUGAAAAUUUCCAAAGACCGAGACGCCUAUUGGCAAUACCGACUCGACAGGGAUGCAGAUGUCCGCAAGAUGUGGGAAGAGAGUAUGGCGAAGAUAGCCUAUGAACAUGAGGACCUGAAGAAGUCCCUUGCAGAGUCAGAGGAGAAGCGCAAGCGGACCAAACGUGCGCUGAAGGAAGCUUUGGAAGGCCAGUCAGGCCCUGUGAGCCGCCCAAGCUCAUUGAUUCGGCAGGAGUCUGCGGAGCGUGUUCAAUUUGAAGAAGCUGUUGAGGACCAAACAACUAUCAGACAUGAAGCGACACUUACAGCGAGAGAUCGAUCACGACGCAAGUCAUUCACGAGAGAAGGCAAUCGGAGAAAAUCGAUCAUUGCUCAGUACACAAAUCUUUCAGAUUCCGAGUCCGGUGACGAUGAAGAGUUCUUUGACGCUAUUGACGCUGGAAAGGUGGAACUUGUCGAGCCGCCUCUUGCAAGCCCUCCUCCUGUACAUGUUGAGCAGGAAGAAGUUUUGUCUAAACAUGACGAACGAACAUUGAAGCAAAUGCAGAUCGAGCCGUCAUAUGCCGGGUACGAAGAUGGUAUACGUCAGCGCCUCAAAAUGGACGCCGAUGAUCGUCCUAAGAUCUCGUUAUGGGGUAUCUUGAAAUCCAUGAUAGGAAAGGACAUGACCAAGAUGACCUUGCCUGUCUCUUUCAACGAGCCCACUUCACUACUCCAGCGUGUAGCCGAAGACAUGGAAUAUGCAGACCUCUUGGAUAUUGCAGCUGACCGACCUGACUCGACCGAGCGUUUGGUUUACGUCGCUGCAUUUGCUGCUUCAGAGUAUGCAAGCACUAUCGGCCGUGUUGCCAAACCUUUCAACCCGCUUUUGGGCGAAACGUAUGAAUAUGUCCGACCAGACAAGGGAUACAGAUUCUUCAUCGAGCAAGUCAGUCAUCAUCCCCCCAUCGGUGCUGCUCACGCCGAGUCUGCUCGCUGGGACUACUGGGGUGAAUCUGCGGUUAAGUCCAAGUUCUAUGGAAAGUCAUUUGACAUCAAUCCGUUAGGCACCUGGUUCCUACGUCUACGUCCGUCCAACGGCAAACCAGCGGAGUUGUAUACUUGGAAGAAAGUCACCAGUUCUGUCGUCGGUAUAAUUACCGGCAACCCUACUGUGGACAACUACGGCCCCAUGGAAAUCAAGAACUGGACCACUGGCGAGGUUUGUUAUUUGGAUUUCAAAGCACGGGGUUGGAAAGCCAGCUCUGCUUAUCAGGUCUUCGGGAAAGUCGUUGGUGUCGAUGGUGUAACUAAGUGGAGUAUUGGUGGUCGAUGGAACGAUAAAAUCUACGCUCGAGUUACCGAAGGAUAUGAAGACGAGCUCGUCGGGGAAGGACGGCAACACAAGUCUGGGAAUCAAGCAUUCCUCGUCUGGGAAGCCCACAAGCGUCCACAUGGAAUUCCAUUCAACCUUACCCCCUUCGUUGUCACCCUCAACGCGCUCACAGAAAACCUGCGUCCUCACCUACCCCCGACAGACACGCGUCUCCGUCCUGAUCAGCGCGCAAUGGAGGAUGGAGAGUACGAUCUAGCGGCUUCGGAAAAGAACCGAGUAGAAGAGAAGCAGCGUGCCGUUCGUCGACAACGUGAAUCUGCGGGAGAAGAGUGGAAACCCAAGUGGUUCAAGAAGAAGAUCGAUCCUGUUACGGGCGAGAGCUAUUGGGAACACAAUGGUCUAUAUUGGCAGAAGAGGACGGAGAAGGAUUGGAGUGUCUGCGACGAUAUCUUCUAG